AUGGUCCGCCUCCCUGGACUCGUCGUCCUCGCUCUUUCGCUCUCGCUCCCCUCCUCCCCCGUCCUCGCACUUCCGACUGCCGCUCCGACAGCCGGUGCCUCCUCCCUUUCGACCGCCGCAGCUGCAGGAGACGUUUUGACACGUAGCUCUGGCCGGGAAGUAGCACGUCGGGACGGGGAGAAGACGAGCGAGUCGUUGGAGCGGAGGGCGGCAGGAGCGAGUUACUACUCCUCCCUCGUCGCGUUCGGCGCGUCUUACACGGACAACGCACACGCUCGUGCACCCCAAUAUGCCGGCUCACUUCGGCAGUACGAGCCGUACAGCAAGUACGGAGGGAGGUACUCGAAUGGACCGGUCGCGGUCGAGUACAUGGUCAAGACUUCGACGAAGCCGGCGCUGCCGCAGAAUGGGAAGGGGGUCAAGUUGCUGGACUACGCGUACGGAGGAUCGGUCGUACAAAAUGGGCUCACUGGAACGGGAUCUCAAUGGCCUGCUACCCAAGACCAGGUCACGUCGUUCUUGUCGGACUUGAAGAACGGCAAGGCGGCAGUCGGGUCGGGACGGACCCUUUUCUACUUCAACUCGGGCAUCAACCCCGUCGCGCAAAUCUGGAAAGCCGCCCUCUCCUCCGGCCUCUCCUCCUCGGCCCUCUCCCUCGCCCAAUCCGCCGUGACAGCCAACACCGCCGCCCUCUCCUCCUACGCUCGAUCAAUCUCCUACGAUCCCUCGGUCGCCGCAAAGACAAACGGAGCGGACUUCCUGAUUGUCGGGAUUCCGCAACUCGACCUCGUUCCUGCUAUGCAGGCGCUUGCUCCGCCGGGUCAGCAGCCUCAAGCGCUUGCGGCGCUCAAGGCGCUGGCGGAUCAGUAUAACGAGGAGCUCAAGACCUUUGUGACGGCGUUUCAGGGGGAGGUCAACGGUGGGAAUGCGUUGUGGUUCGACUUGGCGGGACUCUGGAGCUCGAUGACCAACUCGCCGAGCUUGUACGGCAUCACGGCGGGUACGAAGCCGUGCUACUCCUCGUCGAACGGCAAGGUCUGCAAGAACCCGAACCAGUUCCUCUACUUCGACACGCUGCAUCCCGUCACGACGGUCCACCAGCUCAUGGCGGAAAAGAUGAACGGAGUCGUCGCAGGCAACCCCGCUCCGGGGGCGACUCCGACCGCCCUCGCACAAAAGGGUCUGAGCAGCGCCACCGCCGUCGGAUCAGAUGCAGCCGCCACCACCCUCAGUGGCAGCACCGGCACCUCGACUCCUUCACCAACUCAGAUCGCUUCCUCCGCCUCGUUCUUGACGGCGCCAACACUUUCCUUUACUCUCGCACUUUCGCUUGCGUCGCUCAUGACUUAUCUCUCCAUCUGCUAG